AUGGCAACGAAAAAGGCGUGCGUGGAUGCGCCCAAAAGGAGCCGGAGUCCGGUCGUGUUGGAGGCGGAGAUGUUCAGUGAAUUUCAGGACUGGUGUCUCCGGACUUAUGGAGACUCCGGUAAAACAAAGACCGUCACCCGGCGAAAAUAUAACAAGAUCAUGCAGACACUGUUGCAGAACGAGGAGUCGGAUGGCGUUUAUAUCGACAACAGCCACAUCAACGCCAAAUUCAAAUUUUGGGUGAAGUCUAAAGGAUUUCAGGUCGGGACCAACGUGUUGGGAGAGCACAACAAGAAGGGAGCUCCGGGGAAACCCGUUCUAUAUGUCCCGGUCAAGACAACGUGCUCGGAUGGGAAUUCGGCCCAAGACAACUCCUCCCUGAAACGUGUCGCUGUGGUGGAAGACUUCUUCGACAUCAUCUAUGCCAUGCACGUGGAGAUGGGCGCCGACCUGGGACGAGCACCCAAACAUGCAGGCCAAAAGAAGACCUACAAAGCGAUAGCAGAGACCUACGCCUUCCUGCCCAGAGAGGCAGUGACUCGCUUCCUAAUGAGCUGUGGAGAGUGUCAGAAGAGGAUGCACAUCAACCCGAGCACUGCCGAGUUCAAAGAAAAUGACCGACCCACCUCGCUGGUUCCGGACCUCAUUGAUUACAACAUGCCUCUCACCGCCACCUACCUGAAACAAAUGAAGCUGCAGUGCAUGACAGCCACUGAAAGGGAUGACAGUUCGGUGAGCAGCGAGGACAUGAACGGCGUUGAGCCGACCUGGGUCGCAGCUGAGCCGCCACCAGUGCCUGAGCCCAGUCCACCACACGGAGAGAGAGUCAGCAACCCAACAGCUCCCAUUAAAGAAGAGGAUGACGACGUCUCCUCGGAGAGCGGCAGUGCCAACGGGCUGCCGGCCCUGACCUCCCCUGAGGCGCUGGCUGUGGGUGGGAACCCCCCAGAUGGCGGGGCCCCUUACGGGGAGGUGACAGAGAACGGGCUGAGCGCUCCCCUGGAUUUCAGCACCACCUCGCCCUCGUCAACCUCUGAGGAUCAGCAGCCGGUCAAUCUGAGUGACAGACUGCUGCCGGCGGGGAGCUCGUCACCAAACUCUUACCCCGCAGACCCCAACAGGAAGUACCCCAUCAAAACAGAGUACAACAACAAGUCCCCUCCUUACAGCUCAGGGAGCUAUGACUCUGUGAAAACUGAACUGAGCAUGAGUGCUGAGGACUUGACCUUUGGUCAGGCACAGAUGAUCGACGAUGACGAUGACGAUCACGACGACGACAGUGACAAGAUCAAUGACGCUGAGGGCAUGGACCCUGAGAGACUCAAAGCCUUCAAUAUGUUUGUGCGUCUGUUCGUGGAUGAGAAUCUGGACCGCAUGGUGCCCAUCUCCAAACAGCCCAAGGAGAAGAUCCAAGCCAUCAUCGAGUCCUGUAGCCGCCAGUUCCCGGAGUUUCAGGAGCGCUCCCGCAAGCGCAUCCGCACCUACCUCAAAUCAUGCCGCCGUAUGAAAAAGGGUGGCUUUGAGAUACGACCCACACCUCCUCACCUCACCUCUGCCAUGGCUGAGAACAUCCUCGCCGCCGCCUGUGAGAACGAAACCCGAAAUGCUGCAAAGAGGAUUCGGCUCGAUGUCUACCCAGCGGUAAAUGAUGAACCGGACUCUGUUGACAAGGACAACUCAAAGGACCCGGCGUCCGUGGCCCCGUCAGGGUUCACCAUCUCCAGCGCAGCUUUUGCCCAAGACCAGCUCUACACCAACGGAGGCCUCAACUACAACCUGCGGGGAUACGGGACCGUCGGCAGCAACCAGCAGAACUCUGGCGCUGCACACACCAACGGUCCCACAGAUCUGAGUAUGAAGUCCGUCGGCCCAAACUCCACCACCUCCAGCUCCAACAGUCACGGUCAGGGAGGCGGCGGUGGCGGCGCUUCGGCUCAGCUCAGCCUCCCGGAGGUCACGGCGGUGAGGCAGCUCAUCGCAGGUUACCGGGAGUCCGCCGCCUUCCUGCUCCGCUCAGCGGACGAGCUGGAAAACCUGAUCCUGCAGCAGAACUGAGUCCGAGGCCAACCUUCUCACAGGCUGUCCAUCUCUGUCGCCCUCAGUCACACAUCUCUGGGCGGACAUUCAUACAAAGACACAAAUGCACACGAGUGAUACUGCAGCGCACGGUGGGUCCUGUAGGUACGGUACCUUUCCUUAUUCCCACGUGUUUAUGUGUUCAACGGUCCAGAACAGAUCAUAGGCUGACAAAUGCUUAUUCAUGCAUUUGGUUCAC